AUGGGACGGAAAGCUGGGGAAAUUCAUUCAAGACUACUGGAUCACAGACCGGUAAUUCAGGGAGAAAUACGUUACUUCAUUAAAGAAUUUGAAGAAAAACGUGGCCUCCGGGAGCUGCGAGUGCUUGAGAAUCUGAAAAACACAACCUUUGAGACAAAUGAACACAUUCUUCCAAAGUGUGAGCAGGCGAUGCAUGACAAUCUACAUGAAACAUUCAAGAGAUUGCAAGCUGUCAACGAUAGGAUCCGUAGAUUCCAAGAGAAGGAACAUGAAGAAAAGAAGAUUCAAGCUGACAAACUAAGGGCUGGAGACGGGAAGCGCAUGGCCCAGUGGGAGACGUUCAUGAAAGACCAAGAGAGCAAACGAGCAGAGGUGGACGAGGAGCACAGGAAGGCCGUGCAGCGCCUCAAGGAGCAGUAUGCCCACAUGGAGAAAGAACUGGCCAAAUACGUUUCUUUUUAAGCCUCUUUCAUAGUACAUUCUGUUUAUG